GAAACCGAAUUUGUAAAGUACAUGGAAGAAGGGCUUUACAUAACAUGAUUUGAUUAACUGAUAUACAAAGAGGUAUAAAACGAUGUUUUGCGUGAUUAAAACCAUUUUCAUCAACUGCAUAAGGUGUUAUUAAGGGAACAAUUUUCUAAGAAAAAGAAGAUAAUAGGAAAUGCAAGUUUUAGUGAUACUGCUAUUGGUUUUUGUUGUGGUUGAAGCUGUCUAUUAUGAUAGAGGUAGAACACCUAGUUGUAAGUUCCCAUGUCCAUGGAGAGGGAAAACCUUCGAUUUCUGGGAAAUUGGGAAAUUAAAAUCAGAGUUCUAUGGAAAGUUUUCAAAGGAUGGAAGGACAGUCAAGUGGUCUUUUGGUGGUGGUAGAACAGAUGAAUGUUAUCAGAUAUUAGACGGAUUUCUAGUGUUAAGAUUAAAAGGAGAAGACAAUUGGUUUUGUGUAAAGAUACAGUAUGACAGAACCAAAAGUCCGGCAACUUUUAGACUUCAUAACGGAUUAUUAGGAGAUUUUCCAGGUAAAAAAGACGCAUUUAAAAUUUGCGAAGUCUGCGCAUAUCCAGGCCAGAACUUUUUCACAGCUGUAGAACGGGGAUCAUAUUCGUACAGAUAUGCCUACCGACGUCCACCCAAACAAUCACGCAAGUUUGGAUGUAUUAUACCGAAAGGUUGUAAAUGUUGUAAACUACCGCAGUGUGGACGCUGUCGUAGAUGUAGAGACAACGGAAGCAUACCAAAUGCUUGUAACUGAUCUUCCAGCUUCUACUAAUUGAAAGCAAAGAUGUAAUACGUAUAAGAAUAUAAUA